CUCCCUGCGGCCCCGAUGGCGGCGGGCGGCCCCGAGGCGGCCCAGCAGCAAAUUGAUGAAAUUGAAGCCCUGUCGUCCAUAUACGGUGAAGAGUGGUGUGUGGUUGACGAAGAUGAAAAAAUAUAUUGCAUUAAGAUUAGUGACUGUCUGGACCAGCCAAAGUGGACGCUCUGUCUGCAGGUGAUUUUGCCUCCAGGAUAUCCAACUUCAGAGCCACCUAUUUAUCAACUAAAUGCCCCUUGGCUUCGAGGAGAGGAGUACACAGAACUAGCAAAUAGCUUGGAAGAAAUAUAUAUACAGAACCUCGGUGAAAGUAUUCUUUAUUUAUGGGUGGAGAAGAUACGAGAAGUUCUGGUAGAAAAGGCACAGUCAUCAGAUCCAGAACCAGAUAUUAAGAAAACCAGUGAAGAAGUUGACGAAGAUAAUGGAGAUGAUUUUCUCGUAGACUAUCAGCCUGUUCAGGAAGAUCCAGUUAAAUUGUUAAAUUAUAUCACUUCUGAAAGUCAAGAAGAUGAAGAGCUGCCAUCCAUACAUCAUGGAAACCCACUGACAGAUAGAAGGAGUACUUUCCAGGCACAUCUGGCUCCUGUGGUGACAACCAGACAAGUAAAGAGAGUUCUUGAAAAAUUAUAUGAGAAUAAGAAAAUUGCAAGUGCCACCCACAACAUAUAUGCGUACAGAAUAUACUGCGAAGAUAAGCAGACGUUCUUACAAGACUGUGAAGAUGAUGGGGAGACAGCGGCAGGUGGACGUCUUCUUCAUCUUAUGCAGAUUUUGGAUGUCCACAAUGUGUUGGUCGUGGUAUCCCGCUGGUAUGGAGGUAUUCUGUUAGGACCAGAUCGUUUUAAACAUAUCAACAAUUGUGCAAGAAACGUCCUUGUGGAAUACAACUAUGUACAUUCAGUGGAUGAAUCAUCUAAACAAGCAGGAAAGAGCAAAAAGACAAAGAAGGACAAGAAGAGAACAGAACACUAAUUUAUUUAAAAAUAUAUAUAUAAAGAGAUUACUUUGCACAUAUUUAUACAAAGGAAACUUGUACAUUAUUGUCUUAUCAAAUGCAACAGACAUUUUGUAUUCAGAAGAGAAUUCAGUAAAGCUAUAGAUAUGUUUCCA